CCUUCAAUACAUGAAGUGCUCGAAUGAUGUAGAUCUUGUUCAUGAAAUAGAAGCUGUUAUCGGAAAACAACUAGAGGGAUUUGAAUGCAAAGAGAAAGAUGUUCUUUCUGAUAUUACUAGGGUCUACAAGGCCAGACGAGUUGCGACAAUGAAGUCGAUGGACAAUGGAUUCGAAGAGAAAGCCAAAGAACGGAAAAAACAGAAAUUGAAAACACUAGCAGAAAAAGGAUUAUUGAAGAAAAAGAGAAAAAGAUCGGUUAAUUAGUUUGCUAAUUAGUUUCCUUGUUUACACAUUUAAGCUGCAUUUUGUCCAGCAGCUUCCUAGAAAUUUUAACUCUGAGAUUACUUUAUAUUAUAGAUAAUAUGUGGUUCAUCCUAGACCAGGAUCAAGCUCUCCUUUGCUUUUUUCGGGUUGUCAAAGAGUUGAACAAUUAAAAUAGAUGGAAGGGCAAAGGCCUUCGGUGUCCCCUUCUUGAUGCUAAUUUUUGUUGUAUUUCUGUGGAACAGUUUUCUUUUUC